GUUGUAUUCGAGGGAGUACAUUCACAAGAUUUGUUUAGAUAUGCUUACGUCUGUGUUGUGUAUCGCUUCAUUGGUAACUCUUCUCGAAGCUCAUAUUUCAAUAAAUAAAGAAAGAUUUGAACCAUUGUCAGAUGACAUCAUCUCGUAUAUCAAUCAACAUUGAUGUAUGUUCUAACUGUGUAUGAUCGGUUGGAUUAGAACAGAUCUACUACCUUAUAGUGUAAGUAGCUUGUGUACGGAGCGAGAUUUGAUUGAGGAGAAUGUGCAAUCAAUCAGAUGAUUCCUCCUCUUUACAACUAGAAUUCAUCUAUAAGUUAUUUAAAAUGACAGGUUACAUUGUUUCGUACGCCAUCGGCCUAAUACUGAUUUCAUUUCAUAUAUCUAAGUUCAAUACAACAACUGACAGUUGAAAAAGGAACAAAUCUAAAUCUUCAUAUUCGAAUUCCAUUUUUAGUUCAACAUUGUCAGAAUUGUUUCUCAUUCAAUCAUGAUUUCAACUUUUUCAUUCUUCAGCCAAAUGCUGAAUGGAAAGCUGAGAAAAGCAAACGUUUCCACUCACUGGAUGACGCACGUAUUCUGAUGGGUGCAAGAAGAGAGGAACCAGAAUUAAGAAAGAAGAGACGUCCCACAGUUGACCAUAAUGAUUGGAAUGUAGAAAUUCCAUCAAGUUUCGAUUCAAGGAAGAAAUGGCCUCGUUGUAAAAGUAUAGCGACCAUUCGUGAUCAAUCACGAUGUGGAUCAUGUUGGGCUUUCGGUGCUGUCGAAGCCAUGAGUGAUCGAACCUGCAUACAAUCACGUGGCAGACAAUCUGUGGAACUAAGUGCUGUGGAUCUAGUGAGCUGUUGCGAAGGUUGUGGAUUUGGUUGUGAUGGUGGAUUCCUUGGUCCUGCUUGGGAUUAUUGGGUAGAGGAAGGUAUUGUUACUGGAAGUUCGAAAGAGAAUCACACAGGCUGUCAACCAUAUCCAUUCCCAAAAUGUGAGCAUCAUACCAAAGGGAAGUAUCCUGCAUGUGGCAAAAAAAUCUACAAAACUCCUCGCUGUAAACAGACAUGUCAGAAAAGUUACAAAAUCCCAUACGCCCAAGACAAGCAUCGAGGCAAAUCAUCCUACAAUGUUGCUGCUUAUGAAAUGUCUAUUCAAAAGGAAAUCAUGAAGUAUGGACCAGUAGAAGCAUCCUUCACAGUUUACGAAGAUUUUCUAAAUUACAAAUCUGGGAUCUAUGAACAUAUUACUGGAGAACCAGUUGGUGGACAUGCCAUACGUAUAAUUGGAUGGGGUAUGGAAGAAAACACUCCUUAUUGGUUGAUAGCGAAUUCGUGGAAUGAAGAUUGGGGUGAAAAUGGAUAUUUCAGAAUACUACGUGGUCAUAAUGAAUGUGGCAUCGAAUCCGAGGUAACAGCUGGUCGGAUUAAGUAAUUACACUAUCUUUAAACAUUAUCAUAAAAUGUUACUUAGAGUGAAGUCAUUACAAAUGUAUACUGAAUACUUCUGAGAAACGUUCCAUAUUCAUAUUAUCUUUUCAUUCAUUUUAUAUUAUAAAUAAACCGUUGCGAACUCUA